AUGGUCUCAAUACCAUGGCUCACCAUCUCACUAGCUGUUUUGCGGUAUCAUCCGCUGAGACUGGCACCUCGAGCACAAGUUUAUGCCCUUCAUCUUUCAUCUACAUCAUCUAUACUUGGACCUCAGCAUCAUCGCCAUCAGAACCAUGCGAGAUCACACUCUACGAAAACUAGCAUCGUGCCACAGAACACUCUCCCCUUUGACAGCCAAAUCAUCAAACCACCAUCCAACGCCGUCGAACAUGUGUUAACGACCUUGGAUAGCAUCGUCAAUUGGGCCCGCCAGGGUUCCUUCUGGCCCUUGACCUUUGGUCUAGCCUGCUGCGGUAUAGAGAUGAUGCAUGUAUCCAUGCCCCGCUACGACCAGGAUCGUCUCGGCAUCAUCUUCCGCGCCUCACCUCGACAAGCUGAUGUUAUGAUCGUUGCUGGCACGGUCACGAACAAGAUGGCACCUGCUGUUCGACAAUGCUACGACCAGAUGCCCGACCCGAAAUGGGUCAUCAGCAUGGGCAGUUGUGCGAAUGGAGGUGGUUAUUACCACUACAGCUACUCAGUCGUCAGGGGAGUGGAUCGGAUUGUACCCGUCGACAUCUACGUGCCCGGAUGCCCACCCACUGCAGAGGCUCUACUACAUGGCGUGUUUCUCUUACAGGCAAAGCAGAGAAGGACGAAGAUCACGAGAAUGUGGUAUCGGAAUACAUGUAUACCAUCCCUGUUCCUCUCUCGAUCGCAACCUCCCCUUCUCUCAUGUCAGCCAUCGUGCUGGCUUGUUGGAUCUGUCUUUCAUUUGUCCUGCCUAGCAGAAUCCAGUACGCAUUUGAUCACAGUCUGGAGCGAUUCAGACUUUUACUUCGCACAAUUUCUUAGACCCAACUUGAAGCCUUGCACCUUUGCUGCGCAACAUGGAACUGACAACGGGAAUCGAAGGCAGAACGCUUCGCAGGCCGUCCCCCACACUACGCGCACAACCAAUUGCCCGACGUUGCACAUUUUGACUCCUGGAAUAAUGAUCUUGCUCAGUGUAUUGAACGGCUUCACUGCGCCAUCGACCGCCAACAUGAAGGUUCAAACCCCCAGAGCCCUGGCGAUUUGGUUCUGCGUGUCGCUCGCAUGUACGGCCCUCGGAGAACCACUCCCUGAUCCUACGGGAGGGCACAACGUCGGCGCUCAGCGUUUCGUCGUCCCCUUCUUGGAAGAUAAUGAUGUCGUGUGGCCGAACGGUGUUUCGACUGAGUACCUCGUCACGCUGUACUAUCCUACCGAAGACGAGAAGCCUUGCCCAAAGCCGUACCUCGAACCCGAGCUUGCCAAAUUAUACACCGACCUGUGGAGCUACAAUAUUUCUCACUUGACGUCAACGCUGAGAUGGAACGCGACUUAUCUGAAUGAAGAGAGCGGCCCAACACUUCUUUUCGGACCUGGCGGUUGGGGUGUUCCGACGGAUGGCGACUACAUAAUCAUCUCGGAACUGAUAUCACAUGGAUAUGUCGUUGCUGCGUUUGAUCACGUUUAUGAGCAGCCUUUUUUGCGGUACCCCAAUCGCACGGGCGUCUACGGACUGCCACCGAAUUUCAGCAAUUAUUCCCUUGCCUGGGUAGAGGACUUGCAUGCCGUCAGGGUCAGACAGCAGCUGCACUUCAUCGACUACUUCCCCUCACUCGUGGCAAGGCUUGAAGCUCCCUUUAGGACCACCGAUUUAGGCACAUUCGGGAUAUCGUUAGGAGGCUCUGCCGCUCUCACCGUAGCUCUCGAGAGCGAUGCAGUAGCAGCCGCUAUAAACGUCGACGGUGCCAACUGGGGUCGAUUGAACAGCACAUCCGACUCGGAUCUCAAGAAACCCUCGAUGAUUCUAGGCUUUCAGGGCCACAACGCGAAUUCGGACCGCACCUGGAACAACUACCGAGCCUGGCAGACUGGCUGGUGGCGUCUGUUCUCGGUGGAUGGAAGUUUGCAUCCUGACUGGUCUGACCUGGGGUUCUGGAAGACUUUCGGCACGACACGUACACAGGGGCCAAUUGACGGGAGGAGAAUGGUCCAUAUCUCAAGGACGUUCAUUCGGGCCUUUUUUGACGACAUCUUGCGUCAUAAUGACCAGCCUCUUUUGGACAGCCCUUCUGAAGACUUCACUGAAGUGCAUUGGGACGAAGUUCACAAUGGACCAUGA